AUGAAACCGAACAUCGAUGAACCCGACAUUGCACAACCUAAUGUAGUUGAACCCACAAAUAUUUUGGUUAACACUGCCAAUUAUUUUUUUAAGUGUGAAAAGUAUAAGGUCCGAGAUGAGAUGAUUGAAUGGUGCAAAAAAGAGGCUAUAAAAGCUGGAUUUACUAUGGUGAUUGUGAAAUCAGAUAACGGUUCUUACCGAAGGAAAAAGACUUUAGUAUUGGGUUGCUCAAGAGGCGGUGCGUACAAAGAACCGAAUAGGAAAUUGAAGAAAGAAGACACGGCUACGAGGAAAUUGAACUGUCCGUUCAGACUGCGAGGUUACUUUUUGGCAUCAGAGGAAUGGAGACUAAGUGUUGUGUGUGGUGAACAUAACCACAAGUUGGCAAAAAAUCUAGAAGGUCAUACUCUUGCCGGACGUUUAAAACCAGAGGAGAAGGAGUGUGUGCAGGAGUUGUCAAAGAAUUUGGUGGCCCCGAAGAACAUAUUGUCGACACUGAGAGGGAGAAAUCCGGAUAUCAAGACUUCAAUGAAGCAAAUAUACAAUGUGCGCCAAAGGUUAAAAAAAGAUGCUAGGGGUCAAAUGUCUGAAUUGCAACAACUCAUGAAGUUGUGUGAAAACAACAAAUAUUUUCACAAGUGUAGAACAAUUGGUGACUCGACUACUAUACAAGAUAUUUUUUGGGCACAUCCUGAAAGUGUGAAAUUGCUUAACACUUUCCCUACUGUUUUAGUGAUGGAUUCAACGUACAAAACCAACAAGUAUAAAAUGCCUUUAUUUGAGAUAGUUGGCGUAACUUCAACCGAGGUGUCGUACAAUGUUGGUUUUGCCUAUAUUGCCAAUGAAAAAGAAGACAAUUUCACAUGGGCCCUUGAGACGUGUCAGAGUCUUUUGAACAGUAAAGACACAAUGCCGAAGGUCAUUGUCACUGAUAGGGAUCAGGCACUGAUGAAUGCAGUUGCGAAAGUGUUUCCAAAUUCAACUGCUUUAUUGUGUCGGUUACAUGUUUUUAAGAACGUAAAAGCUAAGUUCAAGAAUCUUUGCACCGCAAAAGGAGAAAAGAUGAAUCAAUUACUGAACACACUCACAUUUCAAUGGAAAUCAAUUAUUCAGUCGACUUCAGAAGAUUCAUAUAUUGAUGCAGUUCUUGAGUUCAGGAAAGCGUUUGACCACUAUCCAGAUUUUCUUAAAUAUGUUGAAACAACUGUUCUAGAUCCGGUGAAGGAAAAAAUCGUGAGCUUAUGGAUAGAUCGUGUUAUGCACAUUGGCAACACUACCACCAACAGAGUUGAGUCACAACAUGGUUCGUUGAAAGAGUAUUUGCCGGAUUGUAAGGGUGAUUUGCCGGAGUACCAACUUAUAUCUUGA